AUGUCUCUCUUUGGAUCUAAGCCUCCGACUCAGCAAAAUGGAUCAACUGGGUUUUCAUUCGGCUCUACGCCUUCUGUACCACAAACACAACAACAAAACCAAAAUCAACAGCCAUCGAUGAACGGAUCAAUGAACUCAGCAGCAUCAACUUUACCGGAAUCCAAUUUUGGUGGUAAAUCCACAUCACAAACUUUGCCUUCUGAAAUAACUCCAGAUUCGUCAUCGAACAAGAUUUUGCGUGAUUUGUUGGAUUCUGCUAACAAUUUGCCUAAAGUGGACAAUGGCCACUUGGGCUACAUCCAUUUACCAUUGAGCGAGUUACAGAAGCGGACUGAAAAGUUGAGGUCGAACGAAAAGUACAAAGGAAAUUAUACGCAAGCGCAUUACUUGUUGUCGGCAAGCGGUAUCAAUGCUGCUGACAUUGAAAAUGAGUUAAGAAGGAUCCCAAGUGCAACCUCAACCAGUACUCAUAUGAAGCAAGAUCAUCCCGAAUCCACCUCAUUGUCACGAGUAGAGCAGAAUUACACCAAACCAGAGAGCAUUGAGAAUUAUCUUAUUGCAAAGAAAGACGAGAGCAUCUUGAGUGCAAUCGAACAAUCACUUGCCGCUGCAUCGAAGGACUUUGAUCUCUUCAUUAACCAAAAAAUUGCAAUCGAUUGGAAAGUUCGUAAGGAGCACCUCAAAAAAUCAUUAGGAAUCCCCACCAAGAGCAAAAUCACGAAUGAAGAAUUGGCCAAGUCCUUUAAUUGGAAUAAGUCGUUGCCUGGGAGCUACCGUGUUCUAACUCCAUUGUCGACAAAAGAAUCAUCUUCACACACGAGGCAAAUUAGUAGAGAAAAGUUUGAGAGUCAUGCUAAGGUGGUGUACCACCUCAAUGAAGCUCGCUUACAAAACAAGCCAUUCCCUAUCAGUUUGAGUUUCGAGGAAUUGAGUAAGACUAGCACAGAUUUAAAAUCUAAACAAAUGAGUGAAGUGUGGAGAAUCAUAAGCGACUUGUGUAACGAAAAGUUUAUCAAGGUCAAUCAGGAACAAUUAUUCUUGAACAUGUACAAUUCUUCCACUGUUGACUUGAAACUUAAAAUGAGAAUUGUCGGGAGCUCUAGGAAGCAUCUUGAGGAACAAUUCUUCAAUUAUAUUGACGAAAUUUACACAAAGGAGGACAAGAAAUCACCUGAACUUCUUCCUCCCAGUAACAUUAAUAAGGUUACUUUUUUCAUCCAGAAAGUCAUAGCGAUGAACAAUGAUGCUGAAUACAUGGAACGCACCUUGAACAUCAAUGGUGUACCAAUCUGGGCCCUUUUAUUCUACUUAUUGAGAAGUGGCCUUUACGAUGAAGCAGUCGAGCUUACGAAGGUUAAUAAGAGCAUUUUCGAGAAGUUUGACAGCAAUUUCCCCGUAUAUUUGAGCUCUUACGUCAGAUCCAAUUGCUUCGGCUUGCCCAGUGACUUGCAAGAAAGAUUAUCUAGCGACUUUAGUCAAACUUUCCAGUUUUUGAACGAAGACUCAACUAACUUUGAUCCUUACAAAUAUGCCGUCUACAAAAUAAUUGGCAAAUGUGACUUGGCGAAGAAAUCAUUACCUAGCGCCAUUAAUUUAAGUAUUGAGGAUUGGUUGUGGUUCCAUUUGCAGCUUAUCAAUGAAUUCAACCCAGAGGCGUCAUCGAGUUUGAUUUUUGAGAAUUAUACGUUGGAGAAUUUGCAAAGAAAAGUCAUUUCGAUCGGGGCAGAUAAAUUCAAUGCAUCCUCUAACAAUCCCCUGUAUGCCAAAACUUUGGUGAUGCUAGGCCUAUAUGAAUUGGCGGUAAAGUACAUUUACGACUACAGCAACGAAUGUGAUGCAGUACAUUUAGCCAUCGGGUUAUGUUACUAUGGGUUGUUGAGGGUGAGUACAUCGAAUACAGACGAGUUGAUAACUCUCAAUUCGGAGGUUUAUGAAAUAAACUUUAGCAGACUUCUUGGGUCCUACACAAGAACAUUCAAGAUCAGUGAUCCGAAAGUUGCAGCGCAAUACCUUGUUCUUAUUUGUUUACCCAUGGGUGGACAAUCCAAGAAGGAAAAUGCAAAAUGUCACGAAGCAUUGCGCGAGCUUAUUCUCAUAUCGAGAGAAUUUGGUCCUUUAUUGGGCGAACUCAACCAAGUGAACGGUGACAAAGUUCCAGGUAUUUUAGAAAAGCAACGCUCACUAAUCAAUUUGCCCAGUUUAGAUAACUUCUACCAUCAAAUCGUCGAAGUUACUGCUAAAAGAUGCGAGGAGGAAGGAAGGAUUUUCGAUGCCUUACGCCUUUAUCAACUUUGCCAAGAGCAUAAUACUGUGGUUACAUUGAUCAAUAAACUCUUGAGCGAAGUGUUGUCGAUGACUGAGUUAGACAAGCCACUCUUGACUAGAGCAGAGUACAAGACACCAGCAGGGGAGAUGAAGCCAGAAGAAACGAUUGACAACAACAUCAUCUUGCUUAGCAAGCACAUUAUGAAGGUAUUUGCAAACAACAGCAACAUUUUGGAAAAAAUCUCAGCUAAACAACGAGAAAUUGCUGACAUCUUAUUGUCCAUUGUUGAUGUCCGCGAACAGUUUGUGAGCAAAGAUUGGCAUGCAACUUUGGAUUCGGUCAAGAAAUUGGGCUUGGUCCCAAUAGUUGCCAAUGAUGACUUUGUUGAAGUGAGACAGGCAGCGGAAUCUCUUACGACUUUCGAUGUUGCCCUUGUGAAGGUUGUGCCCUCGUUGUUGAUCAUAGUUAUGACAUGCGUCUCUCAAAUCAAUCACUCGGUGAUGACCAGGAAAUUCGGGGUUAGUGAGGCGGAAAGAAGCGAAUCGGAGCGUUUGAAAGCCAUUGCUAAAAACUGUAUGAUCUACGCUGGAAUGAUCCAAUACAAAAUGCCUCGCGAGACUUACAGUUUGUUGGUGAAGUUAGAGUCCCAGCUUUAG